CGUGUUCUUGGUAGACGGAAGUAUCGCUCCCGUCUAGGUCACGCAAAAAUCGGGUCACGAGUUUGAGGUAGCUGUUGGGAAUUCUCGAAACCAUCCGUUCAACCAAAACAACUGUGCAAAUGAGUGAAAAAUCCUGACGAUAUAGGUCGGGGAACAGAUCGUUCCACUUUAACAGCGGAGAUGUCUGGGAACGUUAGUGCUUCUCAAGAAGGAAAUGGCAAUGUCAGUCGGGUUAUUCGCAUGGGAACAAGGAAGAGCCAGGCUGUGUGUGUCUCUCAGCUGGCUCGCAUUCAGACAGACAGCGUGGCCGGCACCCUGAAAGAGCUUUAUCCAGAUGUUCAUCUAGAAAUAGUUGCCAUGUCUACAAUUGGGGACAAAAUCCUGGACACCGCAUUAUCAAAGAUUGGCGAAAAGAGCCUCUUUACCAAAGAGCUGGAGAAUGCACUCGAGAGGAAUGAAGUGGAUAUUGUGGUGCACUCUCUUAAGGAUUUACCUACCUCAUUGCCUCCUGGAUUCACUAUUGGAGCCAUUCUUCAGAGAGAAAAUCCCCAUGAUGCAGUGGUGCUUCAUCCAAAGAAUGCUGGACUUACCCUAGACAGCUUGCCAGAGAAGAGUGUGAUUGGCACAAGUUCACUUCGAAGAGCAGCUCAGCUGAAGAAACGAUUCCCUCAACUAGAGUUUGAAAAUAUUAGAGGGAACCUAAACACCCGUCUGAAGAAGCUGGAUGAAAAGGAUGACUACGCUGCCAUUAUUCUGGCUGCAGCGGGCCUUAAACGUAUGGGAUGGGAAAGCAGAAUCAGUCAGAUUCUGGGCCCCGAAGAUUGCAUGUAUGCUGUUGGGCAAGGAGCACUGGCAGUGGAAGUCAGAGCACAAGAUAAAGACAUCCUGGAAAUGGUGUCUGUCUUGCACCAUCCAGACACAGUGCUGCGGUGCAUCUCAGAGAGAGCUUUCCUCAAGCAGCUUGAAGGAGGCUGCAGUGUGCCCGUUGCUGUGCAUACAGAAGUGAAAGGGUCCAUGCUAUAUUUGACUGGAGCAGUUUAUAGUUUGGAUGGAGCUGAUUGCUUGAAGGACACUAUGCAAACGGUUGUGGAAAUCAGCAACAAAGUGAGCGAGAGUGCACAGGAGUGUGUACACGUUGGAGUCACUGCCAACAACGUAUCAUCGUCGGCCCUUGAUGCUGCGGAGAACCUGGGAAUGGAUCUGGCAAAUGCUCUCCUUAACAAGGGGGCCAAAGACAUUCUCACAACUGCCAGGAAACUAAAUGAUGCUCGCUAGCUGGCUUUUACACUUUGUGCACUGGAGUAUUAGGCCUAAUUUUGGAACCUUUGACAUGCUGUUAACUUAACUUAAACUGUACACCUCAACUAUAUGCUCUGUAGCUGAAUCUCUAGAGCUUAAAUACAACCUUGAUUGGCUGUGUAAUCUGUGACUAAAAACAACUUCAGAUACUAUACCUCAGUGCCUCAGUUUAACAAUGUGGCAGCUUUAGGUUUUUUUCUCAGCUGCAUACACAAGACAUUUCUACUGUUGUGACUAUUGUAUUGUCUCAGGCACCGAUUUCUGGAAGAAUUCAUGCUUCCACUUAUGAUGUCAGACUGCUGUCUUCAUCUAUGAACCACUUGAAAAGGAGUUACUUUUCAUAUAUUGCCAUUGUUUUUAAUGUAGAACUGAAUAUAUUUGAUAUGCAAGGCAUUUUUAUUUAACAGCAUAUCCUCAGUUUUUAAAACAUACCAUGCCUUUUUAAAUACAGAGUAUCUAUUGAUGAGAAACCAAGAGUUUGAAUUUGGAAAAAAGAAAAUUAAGAAAUUACUUGGUUUUAUAUUUAUGCCGUAGUUUUCAUCCCACAAUGUGCCUUUAAGGUUUUAAUUAACCAAUCAAUUGUUUCUAGAAUGUUAACUUCUGCAAUUAUCAAAAAUAAACUGAUCCCAUUAUUCCCUUCCCUCCA